GAAGCCAUAGCAACCGCGGUUUCCCGCCAAAUCCCUUCCUUCCCGCCAAACUGAGCUUCAAGGGAGCCCUUAGCUGUGUUCGUCGUCUUCCCUUUCCCUCGUAUUAUCUCGCGAAACGGAAGAAUCCAGACUAAUAGAUAGUUUAUAGAUCGAGCGGGUCAGAGAGAUGUCGGGUUGGGACGAGGGUGCAGUGUUCUACAGCGACCAGGCUCAGUUUCCACGCGGCGGUGGUGAUCCUGACCAUGGCUCCCUUACCCGCCACGCCGCUCUUCGCAAGUUCAAGGAGUUCAUCCGCGGCUUCUCUGGCGAGAAGGGCGAGUUCCUCUAUCGCGAGAGUCUGGUCCACAAUCCCGACCACCUCACCAUUGCUAUGGAGGACAUGAACUCCUUUGAUGCCGAUCUUGCUGACAAGAUCCGAAAGCUUCCAGCUGAUUAUUUGCCCCUGUUGGAAAGUGCGGCUGCUGAGGUGCUGGCGAGCCUUCGUUCGAAAAUUGCCAGCGAGACGGGGGAGAUGGAGGAGCCUGUCACAGGAGAUGUCCAGAUUUUCCUCUCAUCGAAGGAGAACCCCGUUUCCAUGCGUUCUAUUGGGGCUGAGUACAUGUCUAAGCUUGUCAAGAUUGCCGGGAUCACAAUUGCAGCUUCUCGAGUAAAGGCCAAGGCAACAUAUGUAACCCUUCUUUGCAAGAACUGCAAGAAUAUCAAAACUGUGGCUUGCCGUCCUGGACUUGGCGGUGCCAUUGUUCCAAGAUCCUGUGAUCAUGUUCCUCAACCCGGGGAAGAGCCUUGCCCCUUGGAUCCUUGGAUUGUUGCUCCUGAUAAGAGCAAAUAUGUGGAUCUUCAGACACUUAAGCUGCAAGAAAAUCCAGAGGAUGUCCCAACUGGAGAACUUCCUAGAAACGUGCUCCUGUCAGUGGAUCGUCACCUGGUCCAAUCUGUUGUUCCAGGCACAAGGUUGACAGUUAUAGGCAUAUUUAGUGUAUUUCAAGCGUCUGCAACUCAGAAAGGAGCUGUUGGAGUUAAACAACCUUAUAUUAGGGUUGUUGGCAUGGAACAAACACGUGAAAUGAACACAAAUGGGCCUUCCACCUUCACUUUAGAUGAGGAGUUGGAGUUUAAAGAAUUUGCCCAGAGGCCUGAUGCUUACGCUAAGUUAUGCUCUAUGAUUGGUCCAUCAAUUUAUGGGCAUCCUGAUGUGAAGAAGGCCAUUGCUUGCCUGUUAUUUGGAGGUUCAAAGAAGAGGUUGCCAGAUGGGGUGCGACUAAGAGGAGAUACACAUGUCCUACUAUUGGGUGACCCAUCAACUGCAAAAUCUCAGUUUCUCAAAUUUGUGGAGAAAACUGCUCCGAUUGCCGUCUAUACUUCAGGAAAAGGUUCAUCUGCUGCUGGUCUCACUGCUUCUGUUAUCCGUGAAAGUAGUUCUAGAGAAUUCUAUCUGGAAGGAGGGGCCAUGGUUUUGGCAGAUGGUGGGGUUGUCUGCAUUGAUGAAUUUGACAAAAUGAGGCCUGAAGACAGGGUUGCUAUACAUGAAGCCAUGGAACAGCAAACUAUAUCCAUUGCAAAAGCAGGAAUUACUACAGUUCUGAAUUCUAGAACAUCUGUACUUGCAGCUGCUAACCCUCCAUCUGGGCGUUAUGAUGAUCUGAAGACUGCACAAGACAACAUUGAUUUGCAAACUACAAUCCUUUCGAGAUUUGAUCUGAUCUUCAUUGUUAAAGAUGUUAGAUCGUAUGACCAAGACAAGCUAAUUGCUGGUCAUAUUAUAAAAGUUCAUGCCAGUGGUGCUGCAGCAGCCAAGAAAGAUGAUUCAAUCGAAGGAGAAAAUUGGUUGAAGAGGUACAUUGAGUAUUGUAGAGGUAGCUGUCAACCAAGGCUAUCAGAAAAGGCUGCUGAAAUGCUACAAAACAAGUAUGUAGAGAUCAGACAGAGAAUGAGACAGCAGGCUCAUGAAACAGGGAGAUCUUCUGCGGUUCCUAUUACAGUGAGGCAGCUCGAAGCAAUCAUACGGUUGAGUGAGGCUCUAGCAAAAAUGAGACUGACUUCUGUUGCUACGCAAGAGCACGUUGAAGAAGCAUUCAGACUAUUCAACGUUUCCACCAUGGAUGCUGCUCGAUCUGGCAUAAACGAGCAUUUGAAUUUGACUCCUGAGAUAGCCAACGAAAUCAAGCAAGCCGAAACACAAAUAAAGAGAAGAAUGGGCAUUGGUAGUCACAUAUCUGAAAGACGCCUUAUUGAUGACCUUACCAGAAUGGGAAUGAAUGAAUCCAUUAUUAGGAGAGCUCUACUUAUUAUGCACCAGAGGGAUGAGGUCGAGUACAAGAGGGAGAGACAUAUUAUUGUUCGUAAGGCCUGAUAUUGAGCAUGCUUACUGCUGAAAGAAAUCUGGAUGAUAUGAUAAAUAAGCCUUAUAAAGUCAGCACCCAACUUGCUUGCGAGAUGCAGUGAUGUACUAAUAAAACUCCAAUUGCUACUGUUAUCAAAUGUGCUUUCCUAGCAAAUUAUCACUACAUCAAUUGAGAAUUUAGUUGAUGGGACUUUCUAUUGAUUUUGUAUUGGCCUGCAUUCAUCACUUGGUGUUAAUAUUAUCA